GGCGCCCUACUCCUUUGAGCCACAGAUGCCGUCUGACCUGCUGUGUUUUGCUGUUGGUCUCCCUCAACCGGAACUGAAGCAGGAUUUUGCUCACCUGUGUAUGUGCUUAAACAGUGUCUGAUGCAACAGAUGUUUGUUGAAUGAAUAAUCCCUUUUGUGGGAUGGAGGGCCAGGAGCUGAGUCAUUUUCCCAGCAUUUCUAGCAAGUCAGCCACAGGGUCUGAGCUCAGAGCCCAUCUCCUGGAGUCUCCCACUGCGGCUUCCUGCUGCUCUCAGCUAUUGCCCAGGUCUCCAGGGAGGUGGACACCCCUAAACCUUUCCCCAGUGGUCUCCCAUGGCCAGAACUCUGUCAUUAGACCCCUGUGUCUGGCUUCCCUAUUCAAGUGGACAAGUUGCCAAGGGACGCAGGACUGCCACGGGCCAUGGAUACCUGCCCUGAACCCCUGGCUGGGAGCCAGUGGGGAGCAACAGGAGAGCCCAGGAUAUCUACAGGGCAGAUUGAAGAUUUUUCCAGAGAUGUUAAGGUGACGGAGCCCAGCCCUGCUGUCAGGUGGACGGUGUGGGUACCGCCACUCCCUCCCGCUCUGGAUGAUGUCGGAGCACGACCUGGCGGAUGUGGUUCAGAUCGCAGUGGAAGACCUGAGCCCUGACCACCCAGUUGUUCUGGAGAACCACGUGGUGACUGAUGAGGAUGAGCCUGCUCUAAAGCGCCAGCGGCUGGAGAUCAACUGCCAGGAUCCCUCCAUAAAGUCAUUCCUAUAUUCCAUCAACCAGACGAUCUGCUUGCGGCUGGAUAGCAUUGAGGCCAAGCUACAGGCUCUGGAAGCUACUUGUAAAUCAUUAGAAGAGAAGCUGGAUCUGGUCACAAAUAAGCAGCACAGCCCCAUCCAGGUCCCCAUGGUGGCAGGCUCCCCUCUCGGCGCAACCCAGACGUGCAACAAAGUGCGAUGCGUCGUCCCCCAGACCACAGUAAUACUCAACAGUGAUCGGCAGAACGCCAUUGUAGCCAAGAUGGACGACCCCUUGAGCAACAGGGCACCGGAUUCCCUGGAAAAUGUCAUUAGCAACGCUGUUCCUGGGCGGCGGCAGAACACCAUCGUGGUGAAGGUGCCAGGCCAAGAAGACAGCCACCACGAGGACGGGGAGAGUGGGUCAGAGGCUAGCGACUCCAUCUCCAACUGCGGACAGUCUGGGAGCCAGAACAUCGGGAACAACGUCACCCUGAUCACCCUGAACUCAGAAGAGGACUACCCCAAUGGGACGUGGCUGGGUGACGAGAACAACCCCGAGAUGCGGGUGCGCUGUGCCAUCAUCCCCUCCGACAUGCUGCACAUCAGCACCAACUGCCGCACAGCCGAGAAGAUGGCGCUGACGCUGCUGGACUACCUCUUCCACCGCGAGGUGCAGGCCGUGUCCAACCUCUCAGGCCAGGGCAAGCACGGCAAGAAACAGCUGGACCCACUCACCAUCUACGGCAUCCGCUGCCACCUUUUCUAUAAAUUCGGAAUCACAGAAUCCGACUGGUAUCGGAUCAAGCAGAGCAUUGACUCCAAGUGUCGGACGGCGUGGCGGCGGAAACAGCGGGGCCAGAGCCUGGCGGUCAAGAGCUUCUCACGGAGAACGCCGUCCUCCUCUUCCUACAGUGCCUCAGAGCCGAUGCUGAGCACGCCGCCCCCCACCAGUGAGCUACCGCAGCAGCCGCAGGCCCUACACUACACCCUGGCCAACGCGCAGCAGGUGCAGAUUCACCAGAUCGGAGAGGACGGGCAGGUGCAAGUAAUCCCACAGGGCCACCUCCACAUCGCCCAGGUGCCUCAGGGGGAGCAGGUGCAGAUCACGCAGGACAGCGAGGGCAACCUCCAGAUCCACCAUGUCGGGCAGGACGGGCAGGUGCUGCAAGGAGCCCAGCUGAUAGCUGUGGCCUCCUCAGACCCCACUGCAGCAGGCGUGGAUGGGUCGCCUCUCCAGGCCAGUGACAUCCAGGUCCAGUACGUGCAACUGGCGCCGGUGAGUGACCACACAGCCGGGGCACAGGUGAGUGCCCCGUCCCCCCUAGACAUGCAUGCCGUGGCCAUGCACAGGCCCUUCCUCCUGCUGUGGCUGAUGCUGACACCUCGCUUGGUGAAUUACCAUUAUAAGACCUGUGAUUUGGAUAUAGUUGCUCAUUUAAGGAUCUUGUUUUUUAUAAGCACCUGAAAACACGGAGGUGAGAAGGUGGAUCCAGCCCAAUUUCCAGUUUCAGCAUGCUCUUGAGUUACUCUGUCUUGUGGAAAUGUUUAUAAAUGCAGGGGCCAAAAUGACCUUCUGCCCUCUCUCCCCCACCUCAGAGCCUGCCCUGGGCACUAGGGGGCGAGCGGGCCCCCUUGACCUGAGCACGUGCUGCCUUCAGUUGAGGGUCACACCUCUAGGGCAGCCCCAGGCUGGCGGCCCCACUGUGGGCUCCCCGCUUCCUCCUGUGGCCCAUGUGACUCUUCCCACUAAGCCUCUUGGGGAGUCUGGGCAGAAGCCCCCAGAUUGCCACCCCCAUCAGGGCACGUUCUUGAUGCUAAGACAGAUGAUCAGGGACUGAUUCUGAAAUUAGAUAUUUUCCCUUUAAUUUGUCAUCAAAUAAAGCUGUGCAUCUAUAAGGUCCCUAUAAUAUCUGUAAUUUGUUGAUUACAACUUAUGUCUUUAUGAAAACAAAAGUCACUGAACCCCAAAAUACUUCCCUGGAACACUGGAAUUGUUUUUAUAGAAAGGCAGAAUGGUAACUGAAAGUCUGGGUCAGUCUGUUAGGCUAAGGGUGUGUUGUUAGCCCUCUGGUUACUCCUGAUGAGUCAAAGGAGCAGGGAUAGAGACAGGAAGCAGCCGCGCUGGCCAGGGGCCACGUUCACGGGGGUAGUUGCCAGAGCUGCCCCUGCCCGCCUCACCCCUAUGUUCUGUAUCAAGCGAGGUGGAGCCACGGCCUCGCCACAGCCCAGCUCUCUGUGUUUUCUGCCCUGUGCGUGAACAUCCUGGCUGCUCUAUGGCUAUCGAGGGGCCUGGCCAUGCAGCAGUGGGUGUGUUUCUAGAAAAGCCCUCUUCUCCCCCUUGCAGACAGCUGAUACCCUGCAGCCCACCCUGCAGCCCGAGAUGCAGCUGGAGCACGGAGCCAUCCAGAUCCAGUGAGGUGAACGGGCCUC